AUGCUGUCGGUCUACACGAGGCUCUUCUUGCCACACUGCCGUACCUGCCGCUGUUCUCGGGGGUUCCGCACUCUCGCGACUAAGGAGAUGCAACAGGCCGAGGACCGUCUAAGAGUCACCUCAUCUGCCGAUCCCAUCGACUUGGCACCGUUCAUCCGACAGAGACUUGGCACCCCCAACAGGCCCAACAUGGUGGUGCUGCAGGCGCUAGGGGCGAACGCUGUUGGGCGAGCUCUGAGGUCAGUGGCUUAUGCGGCAUCUCGGAAGGGCCAAAACAUUCCUCUGGAGGUCACACUCACUGGUCCGCCAGAUGAUGGUAUCCCAGACCGAGGUGGUGGUGAUUUGUGGAUAGCGGUAUCUAGACAGGGCUUUCGGCAGAGACUGCGGGAGAGUCAGGACAGCCCUACAGAGAUACAGGACGUCAUCGUUGGUCACUCUACGCCGGCACACAAGAUGGCUGGGGUCAUCACCAACGCUCUCCUACAGGGAAAGACGGUCCGAAUGGCGGGUUUCAGUGGUGCUGGUAUAAUUAAGAUAGCCACUGCCAUCACGAUAUCGAGUCAUCACUGUGAGACCUUUGAUGAUGUGGAGGAACGCGGAAGGAUAGUCACGAGCGUCCGGACGUCCUUGCGGGCCGUCAACGCUCGAGGGACUCCAUCAGACCAUAAUGAUGAGCAGCAGCAUGAUGAAUCGACCGAGGGGGAUCAGCACGAGACCACUGUGAGCGGGGAUGCUAGUGGGGAUGUGACCGCCGAGCCUAAUGGUGAUGAUGUUGGCCACAAAGUCCUCAUAACUGCGGUUGAAUUUACUUGUAAUCUCGUCAAAAACAAUGCCGAUAGUUGA